CAUGGUCCAUGGCCUUCUCGCCGCGAUGCUGCUCCUCCUCCACCUCCUCCUUCCCCCGCCUCAUACCGCCGCGCAGGCCGUUAACUCGCUGCCGCCUCCGCCGCCAGAUGCCAUCUCCAAGGUGAAGUUCGACAAGUCCAUGGCCGUCGUCCUGGUCAUCCUCGUCAUCGUGUUCUUCGCCCUCGGCUUCCUCUCCGUGUACACGCGCCAGUGCGCGGAGCGUAGGAUGAGGGCGAGGUUCGACCUCACGUUCCCCCUCGCCGGAAGCCACCGCCGGCAGCGUGGUUUGGACCGGGAGAUCAUCGAGACGUUCCCGACGUUUGUUUACUCCGCCGUGAAGACACAGAAGAUAGGUCGUGCCACGCUAGAAUGCGCCGUGUGCCUCAACGAGUUCAACGACGACGAAACGCUGCGUUUAAUUCCAAAGUGCAGCCACGUGUUCCACCCUGAUUGCAUUGACGCAUGGCUCGCUAACCACUCUACCUGCCCGGUUUGCCGCGCCAACCUCUUCCCCUCCGACAACAACAAUAACGAUAACGGCACCUUCGUUGACGUUCAGAUCCCCGAUCCUGAGUCCAACGGUUCACAUAGAUCCGAAAUUGCACAGAUUAAUAACGGUAACGAUAACGGCGGAGGAGGAACGGCAACGGUAACGGAGUCUCCGAAGAUGGAUAGUUCAGUUAAUCAGAGGCGUACGCCGUUACGGUCAUGGUCAACGGGGUUUAGGAUUGGGAGUUUGUUUCCAAGGUCGCACUCGACGGGUCACUCGCUGGUCCAACCGGGGGAAAGCUUGGAGCGGUUUACGCUGAGGCUGCCGGAGGAGGUGCGAAACCGGCUGCUUAUGAGUUCGACGCCAUGUCAGACGACAAGCAACGGCGGCGCGGCGUUCUCGAGAGAGAGCAGCGUGAGGAGAGGGUUUAGAACCCGGAGUGUGGGUCCCGGGAGGGGCUACUUGCAGUAUGAACGGUUUGGCGGGGUGGAGCGGCGAGGGUUCAAUUGGACGCCACCGUUUUUUAGUAGGGCCAGUUCUACCCGGUCUCCGGGGAACGGUACGACGGCGGAGGAGAAGAAGGAGGUGGCGGUGGAAAUUGGUGAACGGUCUUCGGAUCGGUUAUUUGCAGGUGGUGAGAGUUAGGUAUUUGUUUAGGUUUCUAAUUUAGGUAAUUUGGUUGGUUGGUUGGAGUUGAAGGCGAUUGUCACAAUUAGCUUCAUUUUCACACUACAAUUUUACAUUUAUUUUUACUUUUACUUUUACCAAUGUGUCAAAGCAUACAAUAUCAGAUAUAUACACACAAAAUGCUACAUAGAGAUUCAUCCAAACAGCCAUGGUAAGGGGUUUCAGUGGUUGGAAUUCAUUCAUGACGCGUAUAUGUUAAGCUCACAUGUAUCUAUCAACUGAGCCUCGUAACCUUCUUCAUAGAAACAAAAUUACAUUAUAUUUUUUGGAAUACUUAUUUUUAUUGUAAUGUAUAAACUUUUUAAAA